UAAAUGUUUACCUUAGUAACGCACCGAGAAUACUAACAACAUUCUCUCCUCGAUGUAAGUUUAUUUUCUCCAUUUACUGUUGUGUCAGUACAUUGAAUAAUUAGACAUGGAGACGAAUUUCGAGGAGAUCCGGAAAGAGGGGAGACAGGAUUGGAACCAAACUAGUACUGGCGUUGGCCAUCAAUAUCGUCCGGGAUACUAUUUUCCCGACUCGCAGUAUCGGAGUUUGAUCAACGAACCUUUGCCGGCGGGUUUAGCAAAACCUGACGAAGUUAUCGAGUGUAGAAGAUAUGAUACGACUUCUGGUAAAGCUUAUGAUAGAAAAUAUCCUGGAAAUACGUAUAGUAACCCUAUUCAUUACAAAUCUCCAGGUCAUUGGAAACUAAAUUAUGUCAAAGAUCACGUAGAAAAACUAGGCAAUGGCGGCUGGAGACGUCCAUUGACGAUGGGAAACCAAAAAACAGAAACACAGGACAAAUUUUGUGCCGAGCCAGGAAUACGGGAUAAAUAUUUUUUCGAAGAGGUUUAUUAUCCACAAAAUUUCGUUUUACAAGAUCACCACAAAGAUGGGCCAUCCAAGGUCGGUGUAGGUAGUACUACAAACGAUAAAUUGAAAGGUCGUCCAUUUAAAGUUGGUGAUUGCGGAGUCUUGCCAUUACUAGACCCUUAUCUUUCCACCAAUCAUCAGGUACAUCGUCCCUUCAAAAGUGCGGAAUUGAAGAAAUACCCAAAGAAAGAUGUGGCAACAUAUUGGGAAUGCGAAGAGUAUCCGAAAACUUGGGGAUUUGGUUUGAAACAAAACCCUUUACCUAAGGAUAAUGUUCCACGGGACCGACUACCAAUGAGAGAUACCUUGAUUUUCCCAACUAAAACGAAAAUACCACGGCAACCGAAAGCAUUGAUUCCUGUUCCACAUUCUGGUUUAAAAACAAUUUAUAAAGAUCAGUAUUCGAGACCAUCAGACGUGAGAAUGAAAAAUAAUUUUUACUGUCCAGUUGAUACUCCAUAUACUUUACCAGAUCCUGGAAGCAAUUCAGCGAUGACAGCACCAAAAAUGUACAAAACGGAAUAUAAUAAUGUGGGUAGUGGAAAGCCUAUUGUUGUGUAAAGAAUCCAAUUAACCAAAUUUCUUAAGAGCUUUGAA